AUGAAGUUUGCUGAGGCUUUGAAUGAAGGAUUAGUACCUGAAUGGCAGGAUCAAUAUGUAAGUUAUAAACAAGGUAAAAAAUUAAUUAAAAAAUGUAAAAAAUUAAAAGACGAGUAUGAUUUUGAUGGUGGUGAACAAUUGAAAAGAUAUCGUAACGAUAAUACUAACAAUGAUAGAACACCAUUAUUAGAACCAUCAAUUCCUGAACCUACUUAUUCAAGUGAUAAUAAUGAACCAACAGAACCAGUUAGAUUAAGUAGAAGACCUUCAAUUUUUAAUUAUUCUUUAAAAUCAAGUAGUAAUAAAAAAGAAGAAUACCUCAAGGAGUCUAAAAAAUUUCAAAUUUGGUUAGAUCAAGAAUUACGUAAAGUUGAAGAAUUUUAUCGAGAAAAAGAACAAGAAGUUUAUGAAAGGUACUUAUUGAUUCAAGAUCAAUUAUAUCAAAUGAAGGAUCAAAAAGCACAAAUUAUAAUUGAAAAAUCAAAACAUGAUAAUAAUGAAGGUGAUAAAAAUAUAGCUGGUGAUGUCGCAUUUCAUACAAAAUUCUUUUUCACUGAAUUAAAUCGAUAUGAUUUACCUAGUUUACCAUCAAUGAGAUUCUUACAAAAAUGGAAACAGAAAAGAAGAAGAAAAAGAAAAGAAGAUGAAAUUUCACUACAAUUACAAGAUGAAACAGAUUUAAAUUAUGCUGAAAACAGAGUUAGAAAUGGUUUAGUUCAAUUAUCUGCCGAUGAUUCAAGUACAAUUCGACCAGAAUCAAGUAAUGAACAAAUGAGUAUUGAUUCAGAAAUAGAUUCAAAUAUCCCAGAUCAACCACAACAUUUUACACCGGAACAAAUACGGCAACAGAAACGUAGAGAUUAUUCAAUUAAAAAACAACAUUUUGGUGUUCCUUAUUUAUAUGCUAGAAAACAAUUAAAAUCAGCAAUUUUAGAACAUUAUAGAGCUUUAUCAUUAUUAAAAUCUUAUAAAAUAUUAAAUAGAACUGCAUUUAGAAAAAUUACCAAAAAAUUUGAUAAAGCAAUGGAUACUCAUAUAAUGGAUAAAUUUUUAAAUAAAAUUGAUCAAAAUUCAUACUUUUUAAUUAGUGAUUUAAUUGAUAAGAUAAUAACUCAUGUUGAAGAAUUAUAUAUAAAUUUUUUUGACCCUGAAACUAAAGAUAGAAAACACUCAUUAGAGAAAUUGAAAACUAUCGCAUAUGCUGUCAAUGCUUCAGAAAUGAGACAAGAAUAUUAUGGAGAAUUUUUUACAUCAGGUAUAUUAUUAGGAUUUGGAAUACCAUUAUUUGUAUUGGCAUUAUAUACUGGAUUACAUAAAACUUUAAAUUCAGAAAUAUCUGAAGGUACAUUCUUGUUACAAAUUUGGGGUGGCUUUUUUUUAUUAAAUUUAGCAUUUUUAUUAUUUGCUAUUAAUAUGGCUGUAUUUGAAAAAUUUAAAAUAAAUUAUAAAUUUAUAUUUGAGUUUAAUAUGGCUACAGCUUUAAAUUAUAAACAAUUUUGGUUAUUACCAAGUUUUGGAUUUGCAUUUUUAUCAUUAAUUGGUUGGUUUAGUUUAAAUAAUUUUUGGCCAACUAAAUUCCCAGGUCGAGAUUGGCCAUGGAUUUAUUUUGCCGUAAUGAUUAUAAUUGUAUUUUGGCCAGGUAAUCAGCUUUAUGCAUCAAGUAGAAAAUGGUUACAAAUUGCAAUUUGGAGAAUAGUAUUUUCUGGUUUUUAUCCUGUUGAAUUUAGAGAUUUCUUUCUUGGGGAUAUUAUAUGUUCAUUAACUUAUACAAUGGGUAAUAUUUCAUUCUUUUUUUGUUUAUAUGCUCAUCAUUGGGAUGGUACAUUAUCAGGACAACCAAGUUAUCGAAAUACUUGUGGAUCAAAUAGAUCUCAAUUAAUGGGAUUUUUCAGUACAUUACCUAGUAUAUUCAGAUUUAUGCAAUGUAUUCGUCGUUAUAUGGAUACUGGUGAUUGGUUUCCUCAUUUAGCUAAUAUGUUAAAAUAUACCAUGUCGGCAAUAUACUACAUAACCCUUAGUGUUUAUCGAAUUAAUAAUAAUACUCAGAAUAAAAUUGCAUUUAUUAUAUUUGCAUUUAUAAAUUCAAUUUAUACUUCAGUCUGGGAUAUAGUAAUGGAUUGGUCAUUAUUACAAUUUGGAAGUAAAAAUUUUUUAUUAAGAGAUAAUUUAUUUUAUAAAAAUCCGAUAUAUUAUUACAUUGCAAUGGUUUCUGAUGUUAUAUUACGAUUUCAGUGGGUUUUUUAUGCGUUCUUCAGUCAUCAAAUUCAACAAUCUGCAAUCACGAGUUUCAUAAUUGCAAUUGCAGAAAUUGUGAGAAGAUUUAUUUGGAUUUUCUUUAGGAUGGAGAAUGAACAUUGUACUAAUGUGGUUUUAUUCCGAGCAUCAAAGAAUACUCCGUUACCUUAUGUUGUUUCAAAUAAAGUAGAAAAAGCAAUUAAACAAUUGGUAGAAUUGAAAUAUUUAGAAUUUGAAGAAAAUCUACCAGAAGUGGAAACUACUGAAGAAGUAGUGGAUCAAGAACCUUAUACUACUGGAAGAAGAACUUCAAUACAAGAUGAAGAAGGUACUUUAGGACUAACUAGACGUACUUCAACUACUUCAUUACCUUCAAUUCAAAGAAAAAAAUCAGUUUUUAAACAAUUUACAGAUACGUUAAAUACUGCUCAUAUUAAAGAUUUUCAAAGAAGAAAAACCAAAGCUCAUCAUGAGGAUGAUAGUGAUGAUGAUGAUGAUGAGGAGGAAGAAGAGAUGAGUUUACCAAGUACUAGGAGAACAGUAAGUAAAGGUUCAAAAUUGGCUUCAUUAAGAGAGGAAGAUGAAUAG